AUGGACUUUGAAUGUCUUGAUGCAAAGCUUAAGGAUAGACACGGCCUUGAAAUGGGACUUUUAUCCACGGAGGAGUAUAAGGAAAUGAUCAAACCGGUAUAUGAUUAUAUUCGACAUAAUCAUCCAUAUGUAACGGUGUUUCUAUUGAAUGGUGAUGGGAUACUGUGUCCGUUGAAAACAGAGAAGUUUGAGAUGUUUGUUCUACUAGGUGUGUGCUGUACAUUCCAUCCAUUCAGUGACUUCGUAAGCGUGUCUCAAUCGCUAUCUGUUGAGGAGAUGCAUGCACUUGAGAAUGACAACCGAAAUAAAGUUUAUGACUCAAGAUACAUUAAUACAAUAAAUGCAGAUGGAAAGGAUGGCAUGCUAGUAAUAUCAAAUAAUCAGAUGUUUUUUGACUAUUAUUCAUAUAGAUACGGAGCUGAGUCAUUCCAUGGACUGGAGGCAAAGGAUAGAAUGCAGUAUCUGUCUUCUAAAUGCAAUAAGGGAGAAAAGAUACUGAGCUUUGGCAUAAUCGCAAUUGUGUUUACAUCGAGUGUUUACCAGGAUUUGGCAAGAGACAUAAGGAAUGCACUGGCUUCAAGAGGAAAGAACGCGUAUCUUCUUUUUCUUAGAGAUGUUUCAUAUGAACGGUUAAUAUCUAUAGAUGGAGUGGAAUGUAUUGUGGUUGUUGACUGUCCGUUCUUUGAGUAUUCAGGUCCUGAGAUUCAUGUUCCAGUGGUAACUCCUUUUGAGGUUCAAUAUGCAUUGUCUGGUGAGUGGAAGGACUUUGACAAGAAUCUGUUUUACUAUAAUGAGUUGGUGCACGACAGUCUUUCAACUGGCGAAGGUGAGACAAGUAGUAGUAAAGCACUCGAAAGAAUCGAUGUAACUGGAAAGGCGUUAUUAAGGUUAAAAAAUCAAGAUGUUCCCUUUUCAUAUGAGGAUGAGAAUGACAAGAGCGUGCACAUGGGCCAGAGCGGAAUUGCAGGGCAUUAUAAUAAAGAAGGGCAAUGA